GUCAAGACUUCAAUUCCAGUGGCCCAAUCGUGCAGAGUGCUUCCUUCUGCAAACCCCAAUUGUAGAACCGUACCUGUUUUUUCUACCAGUAGUACCUACCACCUCAUGCUAAGCUGGUUCCCGCGGGAAGACAAGGCAACGUUCCCUCGAUUGGUGCAGUGGCCGAGGUUCUAGAACCCCAGCCUCCAUGGCGGACAUAUCCGUGGACCGGAAAAACCCGAGCCUAGGCUGUGCUAGCAUCUCCGAGGGCCCUGACUCGGCGUGCUCGUAUGAGUCAUCUGCAACAAGUAGCAGACAGACAGGUGCAGCCUGCGGUACGCAAAAGAUCAUCUACGAACAAAGUAUCAACGUGGCUAGUCGUCCACGCGUGUGACGAGCGGCGGCGGAUGAGGUUACGUUCUCGCGUCCAGCAGUGCUGGUCGUGCUAGUCGUUUUCAACCUCUCAGGCUGAGUCUUCUCGCGCGUCACUCACGGCCUGCUAUCGCCGCAAUCCUUCCGAUGUCGCUCUACUGAUUCGUAGUACAAAUUGAGCCCUCUGAUUUCUCCUUCACAGCAGCAAACAUUCCAUCUCGCAGCUCUCGAGACCAGCUUCGACUCGAAAUCCCGCAAAUUCCCUCAGAACUUCAGACUCAAGUUCGUUCUCCAGUCUCCGUGACUCCCUCGCGCCUUCAUCCUUCCGUCUGUAAUUUUCCAUCAAGCCUAGAGGAGUAGUUUUGUCUCCCCCCGCUCGCAGCAAUCAUGGUUAACCAGGCCUGUGCUACCAGCAAGCACGCAUCGUCGUUCCUUGCGCGAUUGGACGGCCGCACAGCGGGAUCCGACCCCAUAAUUGCUACCACCAUGGUUUACAGAGUGGAGCCUCAGCAGCAGCCUGGUUAUCAACACCACAGACUCUAUGGUUCGCUGCGCAUCCGCGUCGAAGCGCUGGAAACCGACCAGCUCGAUGACGUCAGCAAUGACGCGUCGGCCGGCGGUAUCGUUUACUUGGGAGAUCGCCGCGUGCCGAGGUUACCCUGUUACGUGGAUUUGACUUCGUCGGGCGCGCUGAUGGGCUUUCGCUACGCCGUGGAGCUGAACGCAGACGACGACGACGAGAACAGCAAUAACGACGAACACUUCAUGCAGCGAAGGGAGGAGAUUCUUGGAGCGCGAAACGGCACUCCGCGUGCUGUUACGGAUCACCACGGCAGGAAGAGGGACAGGAAAGAAUCAAUUGCUUUCAGAAGUGGCUCGUUGCAGUGACCCUCAGCCAUUACAGCAAAUCUCCGGUCUGGCGUCAUUUCUGGGAAAUGGAAGAUAAUUCCACGCUGACUCCAGGGACUGCUGCUUCCCGUGAUGAGGAAGACCUGUGAAACUGCCUGAAAUGGUCCUAGGUGGAUAAUGAGCAGUUUUUGUACAUACGGUAUACCCAAUAAGGGAUUGAACGGGAUGAGAUGGGAAAGAUCUCAGAGUAAUGAAUUGACUAGAAUAGGAGAUACAGGGUGAGUUUGUACAAGUGUGUUGUACCCACUAUGAGCGUGUUCCUACGAGCCUCUUCCCAGGCAACCUCUUC